CGUUGCAAUAUCUCUCUCUGAAACUGGAAAAUGUGGCAUAGCCCUGCAUCGGACAAUCGCUGUCUCGAUCUACAGGUACAUUGCGUCUUGAAUCACGAAAGGACAUGAUGUGGGUAAAUAAACACAUAUUAAAUUAUCCGCGGCUAUACCCUUUCUGCACAGGAUAUUUUUUUUUGAAUCCCAAAGCUGCGGCGACAACCAAUCCCUAAAUCGUCAAUGCGCAAUCUACAAACUGUCGAGUGGGUCCUCUCCUAAGAUGUGGGGAGAGAAUAACAGCUCCGCACUUAAUUCCAGAUUCGAUCAUAAGAACAACACCGUGUGCAACAUAAAUGCGUCACCUCCACAACGGGCUGCAGCCCUAGUUGCAGCCAUGACUAUGGAUGAGAAGCUGGUGAACCUUGUUGAUCACAGCCUUGGGGCAGAGCGACUGGGGUUGCCGAAAUAUGACUGGUGGAGCGAGGCACUACACGGCGUUGCCUUUUCUCCAGGUGUCCACUUUUCUACAAAUGGCGAAUUUUCUUCCGCGACAUCGUUCCCUAACCCGAUCACACUCUCUGCAGCAUUUGACGAUGCCCUUGUUGAAGCUGCAGCAGGUAUCAUCGGCUCGGAAGCUCGUGCAUUCGCAAACGCUGGCAAGGCAGGCCUUGAUUUCUGGACUCCGAAUAUCAAUCCUUUCAAGGAUCCCCGAUGGGGCAGAGGGCUUGAAACGCCCGGCGAGGACCCUCUACGAAUCGCAAAUUAUGUGAAGCACCUUAUCAAAGGUCUCGAAGGUACGGAAGAUACUCGCCAAGUUAUAGCGACAUGCAAGCACUAUGCAGCCUAUGACCUCGAACGAUGGAAUGGGGUUGUUCGAUAUGCAUUCGAUGCGAUUGUCUCCAUGCAGGAUCUCGUGGAGUACUACCUCCCCCCGUUUAGACAAUGCGCCAGGGAUUCAAAUGUUGGAUCCAUUAUGUGCUCGUAUAACUCUGUGAAUGGGACCCCAGCUUGUGCUAAUUCGUACCUUAUGCAAACUGUCCUUCGAGAGCAUUGGGGUUGGACGAAAGACAACAACUAUAUUGUCAGCGACUGCAAUGCGGUUCACAAUAUUUACGCUGAUCACCAUUGGCUCAAAAAUGCGGCUCAAGCGGCUGGGGCUGCUUUGACCGCAGGUACAGAUAAUGUUUGCGAAGCUGGAGGUUGGUCUACGGAUGUCGUUGGGGCUUACAACCAAUCUCUAGCCAGGAAGGCUGUUGUUGAUAAAGCAUUGGAGAGGCAGUACGAAGGCUUAGUUCGGGCGGGUUAUUUUGAUCCUGCUCAACUUGACCCGUAUCGCUCCCUUGGAUGGAGCAGUGUGAAUACCAAGAAGGCGGAUUCUCUCGCUCGCCAGUCGGCCGUAGACGGGAUCGUCAUGUUGAAGAAUGACGGCAUUCUCCCCAUGAGAUUCGGCAAGAAUCAGUCGAUAGCUGUUAUCGGGAUGUGGGCAAAUGAUACGAAAACGAGGAUGUUGGGAAAUUAUAACGGCCGACCUCCAUUCUACCGUACUCCCCUCUACGCAGCCCAGCAGCUUGGUCUGAAGGUGAAUUACGCCGAUGGACCUGUCAAGGACACCGGGAAUUUCACGACUGCUUUGAAUGCAGCAAAAGCUUCUGACGUGAUUUUCUACUUCGGUGGCAUCGAUGUCUCUAUCGAAAGCGAGGACCUCGACCGCACAACUAUUACAUGGCCCGAAUCCCAACUUUCCCUCCUGCGUAGCCUUAGUGCCCUGGGUAAACCGAUUGUAGUAAUUCAACUAGGGACUCAAGUCGACAACACCCCACUCCUAAACAACAAUAUCAUCUCCGCGAUCCUCUGGACGGGGUAUCCCGGUAUGUACGGCGGCCCUGCCGUCUUCGACAUCAUCACAGGCGCUAAAGCACCUGCUGGUCGUCUGCCCAUCACCCAAUACCCUGGGAACUAUACGACUCGAGUGCCAAUGACGGAUAUGGAUCUUAAACCAAGUGCAAAGAAUCCGGGUCGGACGUAUAAGUGGUUUGAUGGGGCUGUGCAGCCUUUUGGCUUUGGUUUGCAUUAUACAAACUUCACGAGAAACCCGCCAGUGUUCCAGUCGAAUUUACUCCUUGCGGAAUGCAUGCUUCCCCACCUCGAUCUCUGCCCCUUUCCACCCAUCCCCGUCAUCGUAACUAACACUGGCUCCCACACCUCUGAUUUUGUAGCUCUAGCUUUCAUCUCAACAACCCAGGGGCCGGCGCCGCAUCCUAUCAAGGAGUUGGCGAGUUAUAAGAGAUUGAGGGGUAUUGCGCCUGGGCAGCAGAGAGAAGUGGAGUUGGAAAUGAGGUGGGGCGAUCUGGCGAGAGUGGAUGGGAAUGGGAAUACGGUCCUUUAUUCUGGGGCGUAUUGUUUGGGGCUGGAUGUGCCCGAGAGAGAGAGGCUGUGCUUUGAAGUGCUGGGAGGGGAUAUCGUGUUGGAUUUUUGGCCAAAAGUAGGGGGUGGUGGGAAUGGGAUGGUGAGAGUAUGAAUGAGGAAUGCGUGAGAAGAGAGUGGGUGGGAGGCCUCGGGUCUUACAGCUGCUCUACUUAUUAUAACGAUAUUCUCUGCUCGAGGGAAUUUUACCAGGUGGGUGAAGGCAAUGAGAA